AUGGGUUGGUUAUUUGGCGAUAACCGAAAGAAAGUCAAUACUAGACAAGAAAGAGAGAAAUGCUGGGAAUCUAGAGAUUUAUUUUUUGGUUGUUUAGAUAAAAAUAAUAUUCUCGAUGUGAGAACUGAGAAAAACUCUAAACUCGCUAAAUCGGCUUGUUCAGCUGAGUUGAAAGGUUUUGAAAAUAAUUGCUCCAAUAGUUGGAUUAAAUAUUUCAAAGAGAAAAGAGUUGUAGACUUCAAAAAGAAGAAAAUCGAACAAGAAAUGAUAGAAAAUAACAUCCAGCCACUAAAUUUAUCACCACAACAAUACAAUUCAAUGCAAAAAAAAUAA